AUGCCCCGAGAGUGCCGGGCUCCGAAACCCUGCCCUGCCUUCACGGUCUUGGUUCUGUUGGGCGCCCGUGUGACAUCGAAGAAAAGCAGCCCAUGGAAAAGCACGGGGGGUGCUGGUUGUCAGCCGGGCCUCAUCCAGUACCCGCAGCAGGCCAGGAAUGGGCUGGAUGAGGCCACACUGGAGUGCAUGCAGCAGCAUGCUGAGUAUCUGAGCCAGCAGAUGACUCAGCUGAUUCAGGAGCUGGAGCAGAUGAAGCUGGAGCAGAGUGACAAGGGUGGCCAGAAGGAGAGGUCCAGCAGCAACUUGGUAGAGGAUGAAGAAGGAUGCAGCAUUGUUGAAAAAGUGGAAGAAGACAAAAAUGAUGGAAAUGAAGAAGGCAGCAAUGUUGAUGCAACAGCAGAAAGCAAUGCUGGAAAUGAAGCAAAAGAAGGCUACGAAACUGCAAAGGAAGAAGUGAACCAAGAUGAGAACGGGGAGGAAGCCAAUGCUGCCAGAAACGACGAAGACAAUGACGAGAAGGCAAACGGAGAGAACAAUGACCACAAUGUCAAAAGGAAGCUUGGAAGCCCUUUAGAGGAGAGCAUUCAGUUGCCUGAUCUAGAUUUGGACAAAGGCUGCUCACUGAUAACAGACAUGAUGGAUAAACUCAUCCACAUCUUUGGACAAGGCUUGUCCAACAGUUUCUACCCAGUGCCACAACAAGCCUUCGGAGUGGGCAGCGCCUUUGAAGGCUGGAGUCCCCAGGCACUGUGUUGUACAUAUGUUGUGUACUGUGUGCUUUUACCCCUGAGUCCCCCUCCAGGACAUGCCUUCCACCUGGAGCUGGACACUGCAGGCAUGCUCCAGAGGAACUUCUGUGUCUGUGUGGAGCUGCUGUGCACCUGCAUGAGGGAGAGGCUGGGGGAGGACAUGCUGUCUUUCCUCCACCACCCCAAGGAGGAGCUGAGAAGGAAACAGGAGCCCAGCCUCCUGCACACCCUCUGCACCAGCUCCUAUCUAGAUGUGGAGAAAACUGUCCAGUGUUUCUAUGGAUUUGUGAGAGUAGCCUGGCUGCUGUUGCCUCAAUCCCGCCACUGGCGUUUAAUGUUGCAGCCCUGCAGCCGCUCCUGUAAAUUUCAGCUGAGGAAUGACCAGGAAAGUUUCACGGCUGAGAUGGUCUUUGGAGUGCGGCAAGGAGACUCAGAUAUCUUUGUGGGCAGUGCGCCUACAGAAGUAGGCAUCCCAAGCACAACAUGGCUGGAGAGUUAUGCUGUGGCAGAGGCAAAAUUCUUCAGGCAUGUUUCCAGGCAGGCCCCCCAGGGCAGCUGUUAUUGCAAGUGCCUGCAGCUCCUCACAGGCUUCCUGAUGAGUGUAGGUUUUUCCAGGUAUGCCCUGAAGACAGUGGUGAUGCACCUCCUGAGCACUGUACCCCUGACACGGUGGUGCAGGAGGGAUUUCGGGCAGCGACUGAUGGAUAUCCUGAAGUACCUCCGCUGCUCGCUGGAGACAAAAGAGCUUCACCACUUUGUCUUCAGCAGUGACAGCUUUCUUAUGGAGAUCAGCUUGCCCUCCGGCUUCAGGGCGGCUGAAGCACACAGCCUCUUUGAGCACCUGGCCAGCAGUCCAGAUGCCCACAGGAAGGCUGUGCAGGAGUACAACCGCCUGCUGCAUCGGCUCCAACAACUGCUGAUCCUGGCCAUUGAAAGAGACGCUGGUGCACAGAGCUGUGCUUGUGAGGCCUCUUGGCAGACCCUGUAUAUAUUAACCUCCCGUAGUUAG